GGUUCUUUCAACCAAACCAUACCAACUCGGACGCUUGGACCCCGCGGUCCCGCCGCCAUGGCGGAUCCGGCCUUCGGCGAGCUUCUGGACGCCUCCCUGCGGGUGCUGAAGCGGAAUUUGCUGGAGGCCUAUUCCGAAGCAGCCCAGGGAAGCCCUUUGUUUGUGGAGCGCAGCGCGGAAAAGUUCGAGGCGGAGCUGCAAUCGCUGAAGGGUCGUUGGAAUCCAGACAGCCCGACUCGACCUUCUAUCUCCUUCUCUCCACAGCAAGGAAGCGAGCUUGGAGAGCCCAUCAAGGAGGACGAGGAUGUCGAAGAUGGUGAGACCUCAGAGGACGUGCAGCCCAUCUUCUCCGAGGAAGACGACUCCGAUCAGCUGAAGGCGAACCCCAACGAGGAGCCUGAGGAGCAAGCAGUGCGAAAAGCCAUGUUGCAGCGCUUGCAGGUUCGCCUGAACGUCCUGCACCCAACGCAGUUGGUGUCUGGUAGGAACUUGCACGACGCAGUGGGAGCCCUGGGGCUGACCAGCUACACUGUGGAGGACAUGAAUGAAAUCAUCAAAGGCUUGGCCAAAUACAUCGAUCUGAAACUCUUGAAGAAGGAUGAUCCCAAGCUCACCAUCGCUCGCUCCAGAUCCAACAACAGCAUUUUCGAUGCACAGGGCCAGGGGGACUUUGCCAAAGCCAUUUGGCGCUGGCCGAUCCUGAACCGUGUGGGCAUCGACUCCCCCGAGCGGAGCUCCCGCAGUGGUACGAGCUUUGAACAGGAGGACACCCCUUCGCACACGGUGGUACCGGCAAAAGCACUCAUGGACCUCUUCACCACCAAGGACGGCGAGCUGCCCAAGAGGAUCUUCGGGCCAAGGCUGCUUAAACAGUUUCAGGCGAUGCGUGAGAUCCUGGUGGCCGGCGACACCAAUCGCUUGGUGGCGGAGUUGACCUUUGUGCGCAUCAACGACUUGGCGGCGCCACCGGAGGCUUUGGAUCCUUUAUUCUACAUCGAGCCCAUUGUUGCCGUGCUCAUUGUGGUGAACGGCAUCAUGAUCGGCUUUCAGACCGAUCCAACCUUCGAGGGUUGGAGUGGCUGGCCCUACAUCGAGGUGGCAUUUGCAGUCUUGCUGGUCUUGGAAUGUGUUGUGCGAUUCUCGCUGUCCGGCUGUCAGCAGUUCUUUUGCGGACCUGACGUACAUUGGAACCUCUUCGACAUGUUCCUGGUGCUCACGGCCGUCACAGAUGUGGUCUUCCAGCUGGCAGGCACUGAGCAAGAUGCAGACAUGUUUGGUGCCUCUUUGUUGCGGUUCUGUCGCCUCAUCCGCUUGGUGCGGGUGGUGAAAGUCUUCCGCCUGAACUACAUGAAGGAGCUCCGUUUGAUGGUGAAGGGCCUGGUGGCUGGCAUGCGCACGUUGUUGCUGUCCUUUGCAUUGCUUUUUGCCGUGCUUUACGUGAUCUCUGGCUUCGCGACGAUGACCUUGGGCCGCGACGAGCGGACGGCGGAGUUGGAUCUCCAAGGGCACUUCAACAACAUCCCCAGGUCCAUGUUCACCGCCUUCCGCUGCUUCUCGGGCGAAUGCUUCGCCGAUUCAGGCCUGCCUAUCGCUGCUGUGCUCUCCACUAAGCUGGGUUGGUCCUUUGCGAUCUUCUAUGUCUUGAGCUGCAUGCUGGUGUCUUUAGGAAUCUUCAACGUCAUUCUGGCGGUUUAUGUGGACAUUACAAUGCGUGCAGCCAAGGAGACCGAGGUCUCCACUGCUGAGCAAUAUUCUCGGGAAUCCAUCCGCAUUGCGCGCACCACCCGUGAACUUCUCAAGAAGUUCGCAGAGGCACACCGUGUCUUCUAUGACCGAGACGAAGGGGAUCGUGUGACCAUCAAGAACUUAGACCUGAGACUCAACAGCGGUACCUUCCUGGAUGACGACAUUUCGGACACCAUCGCCAUCACCAAAGAGCUCUUUCUCCUGGUGAUUCAGGAUCAGCGGGUGCAACAGCUCAUGAAUGACUUAGACCUUCCAGCAGAUCGUGCCAAUCUUUUCGAGGUGAUUGAUGCAGAUGGCACCAGCACCCUCAACGUCACCGAGUUGGUUCAGGGCCUUUUGAAGAUCCGAGGAGAACUCACGAAGCGUGAUACGGUGGCGGUGUUGCUCACGGCAAAGGCGGUGCAUGCCAUGGUUUUGGAGCUGAAGAAAGAGCAGCAAAGCUUCCGAGAGGCCUUGUUAGGCGUCCUGGCCAACCAGGAGUCGAUGAGAAGGUCCUUGGCUGGCGGUGCUUUGUACAAACCACCGAGGAACCCCAAGGUGAACUUCAGUCGGCGCAGCCCAGAGUCCGUGCCCAGUUCGGUGCCCGAAAAGUGUUCCUCACCGACCACGCUGGAGGAGUUGAAGGAGGAGAGGUGUCUGGGCAAACAGUCCGUGGUUUCCUUGGGCGUUUGACAGCUCGAGAGGGGCAAUAUUUUCCGUGAAGAGUUGUGCUGCUCCACGGGGGGUGAGUUUCAUGUCUCGUGAGCCCGUGCUUUGUUCUACACAAAACUUAUCUCGAGACGCAGCUCAGAAAUCGCCGUGUGUUUUUU